AUGUCAAACGAUUUUCAGAUAAAUGUUCAAGACCAUGGAGGAUUAAAUGCAAGUAAAAUAUUAUCAAUAACAGUGUUGGAUAAGAACGAUGAAGCGCCACAAUUUGUACCAGCACACUACAGAUUCAAUAUCAGUGAAGACUCUGGACCAUCUACUAGUGUUGGACUGGUAUCAGCCUUUGAUAAAGAUAAUGAUGGAAAUUCUAGUGUUAGAUAUAUCUUAGAUGUCAAUGGUGAUGGGAGAUUCUUUAUUGAUGGUUUAACAGGUGUUAUUCGAGUUGCCGGUGGAUUAGAUAGAGAGAUAGAAGACAAGUAUGUUUUAAAAGUUGUAGCUGAGGACCAGUCUGGUUACACCGGUUCAGCUUCCGUGGUUAUUUCUAUAGAAGAUGCUAAUGACGAACCUCCCAAAUUUACACAUGAUGUUUAUAACUUUACAGUACCAGAAAAUAUAGACAAUAUUACCAUAGGAGCUGUAGAGGCAACUGACAGGGAUAUUGGUUUUAAUGGACAAUUAACAUUUUCUGUCACUGAUCCAGUGUUUUCCAUUGACCAAAAUGGUAGUAUAACGCUGAACAAAAUGUUUGACAGAGAAAAUAUGACAGAAUAUAAGCUGAUUGUAACAGUACAUGAUGGUGGUAGAAAGAGACAGCUCACAGCAACAACUACAAUAGUUAUAUCUAUUACUGAUGUUAAUGACAAUGACCCUGUCUUCUGCUUAGAACAUACUUGUCCAAUACAUACUUAUAAUACCACAAUUGUAAAUGAAUUACCAACAGGAUCAUUUGUAUUUUUGGUUGCCACUAAGGAUCAAGAUUUUGAUAGUAAUGGAACGGUCAGUUAUCAGUUAAUUGGGGAAACGUCAGUAUUGUUUAACAUUGGACCCACCAAUGGUUUGAUUACCACAAAAGGAUUUGAUUUGAAUGAUUUAGAAGCCCGUCGUUUUCUAUCAAAUAAUGAAACUAGCACACCUACUAUAAGGCUAGAGAUUGUGGCAGUAGAUGGAGGAGGUAGAAAUCAAUCCGCCUACCUGGAGAUAUCUAUAUUAGUUAUUGAAGCUGAAGUUUUGAAAUUUAACAAAACAAGUUCUAAAUUUAUGAUUCAUGAAAAUAAACCCAAAGGUAUAAUUUACGAAGUUUUUGAUAAUGAAAACUUUUUACAAAAAGCGGAAUGCUAUUACAAUGUACAUUAUAUAGGUACCUCUGUUGGUAGUGUGAGUGCUUAUCUGGGUAAUGUAACAGGCGUGAAGUUAACCUACUCCGUUCUUGAAGAUGAUGCAAUUUUCUUUUCGGUCGAAAGAACAUCCGGAAUCAUCAAGACAAAGGCGGUCUUAAAUAGGGAACUAAAUGAUAAGUAUCUGUUUGUUAUUCAAGUAAUAGAUGACAGGAAUCCACAACAGACAGCUUUUACUCAAGUCCAUGUGACAGUUGUGGAUGAAAAUGAUUCUACACCUAAAUUUGACCAGUCAUCGUACAGUCAAUCUAUAGUUGAAAACAUCAGUAACGUUACAGUUAUAUCUGUUACUGCUAGAGAUUUAGAUAGUGGAAGGAAUGGUGAUGUUAUAUACUCUAUAGUUCAAGGCAAUCAGGAUGAUAUGUUUCAAAUUGAUGAAAUAACUGGUGAUUUAAACCUUAUGAAGCCGGCUGAUAGAGAAGAGGAAGAUGAAUUUAAUAUUAUUAUCAUGGCUAGUGAUUUAGGGUCGAUAUCUCUGAACUCUACCGUUGACGUUACCAUACUAAUAGAAGAUGAAAAUGAUAAUGCUCCUGUUAUAAGUAUAGAGAAAACUGUUAUUUAUGUUAGAGAGAGCAAGAGACAGGUCACUCAGAUCAUUCAAAUUAAUGCCACAGAUGCUGAUUCUAAUUUGAAUGGUGAAGUAUUAUAUUCCAUAUCAACGGGAGAUAAGAACGUCUUUCAAAUUAACCCUAUCAAUGGAUGGGUGUCGACAAUGAGAUCGUUAUUAACAAAAGACGAGACAGAAUAUAAACUAACAAUACUGGCAUAUGAUCUUGGUCAACUACCAUUGAAUUCCUCGAUUGAUCUCAUCAUAAGGAUAAUAAAUAGCACAACACCACAGUUCUCAAGAGAUACAUAUUCAAUUGAUGGCUAUGUGGGUAUGAAAUCUGGAACAGUUCUCAAUCUCAAUUUAACAGCUGGCACAGGACAUUAUGAUUACCACAUUGUUAAAGGCAAUAUAGAUAAGAUGUUUAGUAUUAAUUCUACGACCGGUCAGAUAUCGCUAGUUAAAGAUGUCAAGGAUCAAAGUGUAUAUUCCCUGCAAGUUGAAGCUGUUGAUUUAGCUGAUAAAGAAAGUAAAGACACUGUCAAUGUGAUAAUUUCUGUGCGUCAACCAAAUGUAAAGUUUGAUGAAAUUGAGUAUAAAGUCAACGUCAAAGAGAAUCUACCAAAAGACUUUCUAGUCAUUGAUUUAAAUACAACAGUAGAGUUUGAAGGCAUUGGUGUAUUGUAUAGAUUAGAAGGAGAUGAUGACCAUUUUACAAUAGAUAAAGAUAAUGGGUCUAUAUUUACUAAUACAUCAUUAGACAGAGAAAUUACCUCACAAUAUAUACUAAUAGUCAGGGUUACUAGUCUUAUAGGAUCAUCAAGACGUAGAAGAGAGGCCAAAUCUGAUACAACUCGUAUUAUAAUCAGAGUAGAUGAUGAAAAUGACAAUCCACCAUAUUUCCCUUACCAAUCAUCAACCUUAGAACUUAGUAUACCACAAGCAGCAAAACAAAACUACCAUCUUACAACACUAAAGGCCAAUGAUCCAGAUGAUGGAGAUGAUUUUAAUAUUGAAUACAGAAUAACCACUGGUGAUGAUCAGAUAUUUAAUAUUGAUAAACAAAGUGGGAAACUAACAUCUUUAGUUGAUAUGACAGAUAUUGAUAAAGAUCAGUUUAAUUUAGUGAUUCAAUCGAUAGAUACCAAUUCAUCAUUGUCUUCAAAUAUAUCACUUAAGAUAUAUGUCGUACCUAAUGGUGAUAGAUAUAUUUUAACGGGAAAUAUCACAUUACCAGUAUUCGUUAAUUAUCAAGAAAUGUUUUUAAAGAACCUUAGUGCUAUUCUCAAUAUGACAGUAGAGUUAGAUAAUGUUCAACCCCAUGCUAAAAUAGAAGAUGGAAAGAAAGUUAUUGAUAACGACAGAACUGAUGUGUACAUCAAAGCUUCUUAUAGGCCUGAAAAUGAAAAACUAGUUCCAUGGCAUGUUAUUCAAAGGGAAGUUCGGCGUAAAAAGAAAGCAAUAGAAGAACUAUUCAGUAAAGGCCAAUCCUUCGUAACAGAUGCUACACCAAUCAAAAUCACCAACGAUGAGGGGUCAAUAGGUAUUCCGGAAAUGACAUUGUUGGGGCUAGCAUGCGCCAUAUUUGUUGGAUCAGUCAUAUCUAUAGUAAUAGUAAUUAGAUCAUGGACAGUACAUUUACUAACGAGCUUUCAUUUUAUAAGACAAGAAGCCAAACAAAAUAAGAUACAGAUGGCGUUGAUGGCACGACAGAAAAUCAGUAGAGAAACAACAUUUUCUGAUACCAUUUGUGAUUCAGAUUCUGCUGUUAUGGAACUGAAUCAAAAUGAAUUAAAGAAAAGGGUAUCAUUUAGAUUAUUCCAAGACAUCGAAUCUCUGAAUUCAGAACCAGUGCCUGAACCAGAGUUGGUACUUACUGUGACAGAGGAGCAGGAGAAAACUCUUGAGUUUGGUAACGAAACCUCGGAUGGUGAUACAGUGAGGCUGCGAAAUAUUAUUCUAGCUAAAACUGUCAUGGAUGUAGCUAGAGAAAUACACUUAGCUAACCAAAACCGAGGAACUGAUUCAGCAAUGAGCAGUUCCAAGCCUGGCGAAGACGAUUGCGGGCAAAAAAAGGUAGUUUCUGAAAAUGAUUAUUGUAAACCCAUAUCGAACGUUAAUCAAGCGUUUAUUGAAGAUCAAACACAAACCAAGGUUGCUUCAACUGAUAAUGAUCAUACCCAAAAAAAUUCAACAGGAAGUAUCAAUACUAGUAAAUAUACUAGCGAGUCAUUGUAUGAGACUAUUAAGGAUGUUGAAGAUAAUAAAUAUGAAUUAGCUGAGGAAAGUGAAGACACAGACUUAUAA